AUGGCGAACCGGAGCUCAAAGACAACCAGGGCACUCGAAGAAUUUUCGGGUUCAUCAAAUUGCAUCUUGAAAAGACCAAAGCUGCGAAAAGGGACAACAAGUUGCUGGGAAUGCAAGCGCCGCAAGAAGCGGUGCGAAUUUGGAGCCGAAUCCACUACUUGUGAUAUCUGCCAGCGACUUAGGCUGCCAUGCAUCAGCCAAGAUCUCGCAGACCCUGUGCAUGAUGAUGAUCGCCUUGGCCACCGUCUUGACCAUGUCGAGGCGCUGGUGACUCAAUUAGUGCGCCAGCGGAACGUCCAAUCUAAUACUGAAUUAGGGAGGACUCGAGAGUCUGAUAUACCAACUUUGCGGUCGGUUAGUCAUGAAAGAUUGUCCCGAGGUUGGUCUCUUACAGGAUACCUCUAUUCGGUCCUCCCCGACCCGUCUACUGCUGCAGUGAUCUUGAACAGUAUCAAUUUGUUCUCCUCGCCUCUACAGAUAUCCCAAUCAAAACCUGGCAACUCUCCACCUCAUACAAGACCGAGUCAAGAUAGCCUAUCGUUGACUUCACAUCCUGUUCUUUUUGCUCGGAGACUCGUUCAACUCGCCGUCUGCCUAAAGCAAUUUAACGAAUUAUCCUCAGAGCAACUCAAAUCACGACUCAAUGAGUCCAUCCACGAUGCUGCAAAGCGCUAUUUCACUGCGGCGUCUCAUUUUGUAACCUCACAGGACUUUCUAGUAGCAUCUCUAGAUGGACUAGAAACUUUGAUGCUUCAAGGAGGCUAUCAUAUCACCAAUGGUGACUUUCAGGCCGCCUGGGCUAUUCAACGCCGUGCAGCAAAUAUUUCCCAGGUAAUCGAUUUGCCAAAUCUGGCAAAAGAACCAGGAAGCCGAUCGGAGAAUCUAUGGUUCCGAAUUAUCUACAGUGACCGCUUUCUGUCCCUUAUACUCGGCUUUCCUUUCACUGUUGCCGAUAAUACCUUUGCAAGUGCGUUCAAUCUUGCAGCUAAUGCUCCAGCGCAAAGGCUAGAGCGCAUCCACGCAUAUUUAGCAGGGUGUAUCAUCGCGAGGAACUUGCAAAUGCAAAAGGGUACUGAAUUUGAAGAGUCAUUUCUUUACGAGCACUACGCAGAAACGAAGAGAAUAGAUGGCCAUUUGAAAAAAGCCACUCGGAUCUUACCAAACAGUUGGUGGUUGGCUCCAUCCUUGGACACCGUCUUAGAUGGCAAGCUGGAAAGAACAGCCAAGCUUCUAGUGCAAAUGCACCAAUAUUAUUUGCUUGUCCAUUUGCACCAGCCUUAUACUAUCCAUAAUCAAAACGUGGACUUGGACAGGGAUUACACAUACAGCAAGCUUACUGCGGUGUCUGCGAGCCGUGAGGUGCUUUUACGCUAUCUCAUACUUCGCGACCACCAUCGAUCACCCUCGUAUCGAGCUCUUGAUGAGAAGGCUUUUAUGGCCUCAGUAACAAUACUAUUCGCCCACUUUGUUGGGCAUGAAAGUGCAAGUGCCAACCUCCACGAACAUCAGCGUUCGAGUGAUCUUGGUACAAUUGAAAAAGUGAUUGAUCUUUUUGAAAAGCUCUCUAUAACACUGGAAGCUUCUGGCCUCUGUGGGUCUAAAAUUUUGAGAAAAUUCAUGGAGAUCGAGGAGGAUGCUGCAAACGGCUCUCUUUAUCGCACGUGGAAUGGAAUUGAGGCUAGCACAGAUACUGAUAAAGAACGGUCUGAUCGCUGUGUGGUUCAAAUUCCUAUUCCUUAUUUUGGUGUGAUUUUCAUCUCAGGUCAGUUAUCUAUUAAGCCUUUGACGACAGAACUGAAUGAUAAUACAGAGUCAAAUUCAUCGGAAAGCGAGUUCUAUGGCCCGUUGUCUCCUUUAGAUAUCCCGCGGCAAUCCCCUAUAGAGCGAGCUACUUCUAGAUCUGCAAAUCGUGAAACAGACACAGAACUGUUUAAUGAUUGGAUACACGAUGCGCCUACAAGCGAAAGAAGAUAA